AUGUCCAUGCCAUCCACAAACAUCAUGCAGCUCCAGAAACUUCGGCCUCUCGGAGCCUUGGAACAGUUCUCCUCGGCACGCCACCACCUAGGCUUCUACAACAAUGUUGGCCUUUCAGCUGCCUAUGUAUGCCCAACCUUGAGAUUAGCAGAUCUCAAGGCAACAAUUUUCUGUGCGUUGGCAAUAGUCAUUCAUCGCCAUCCAGCCCUUUCAGCCAUUGUUUUGGAUGAAGACUCGAAUGAACCAUACUUUGCUAGACUCCCUGAAAUCAACCUCGAGGAUGCUGUGACUUUCGUGACUAGGCAAGAGCCGGUGGCCGCAAGCGGUAGAGAUGUUGAGCUUGACAAUAUUCUGGAGACCCAGCACAAUACGCCGUUCAAGGAGGGCCACGGAACUCUCCCGUACUGGCGACUGCUUAUCGUGACGUCCCCAGAAACAGAGAAAGAAUUCGUAGCAUCAUUCAUCUUCCAUCACUCACUUGGUGACGGGGCGUCGGGGAUGGUAUUCCACCGUGAUUUUGUCGCAGCCCUCUCCUCAAAUCCUCCUCCCCUGACAAGCGCCAUCGUCCUCCCAGCCAACACACCCCUGCUUCCCAACCUCGAGGCUCUCCUUCCUUUCGCAACACCGCCUGUUUCUACGUCGCCCAAUCCAACCAAUCUCUGGUCAGGCUCCAACAUCAUCCCACCAACCCGAAGCAACUUCCACUCCCUGACCUUCUCUGCCAAAAAUACAAACCACCUGCUGCAAGCUUGCAAACUGCACGGCACAACCUUGACCUCCACCCUCCCUGUGCUCAUCGCCUCUGCCCUCUUCUCUAUCUUGCCCGACACGUUCAACUCACUGGAAUGCACGAUCCCCGUGUCCCUCCGCCGCUUUCUCCCCGAACCCGUCAACGAGAGCGUAAUAGGAGUCUAUCUCGAUGCCUUCUCGGCCUACUACGACCGCACCCCGGAGGCACAUUUCCCUUGGCUCGAAGCCCAGCGCUCUCGAGGAUUAAUAAACGAUUAUCUCAAAACCAACGGAGAAAAGAUAAACGUUGCGAAAUUCAAGCAGAUUAGGGAUAUGCGGGCUUUUUUCUUGGGGAGAGUGGGGAAGGAGAGAGGGACUUCGUUUGAUGUGAGUAAUCUAGGCAUUAUGAAGAUUGAACCAGAGGAGAAAGAGACUUGGAAGAUGGGCAAAGUAGUGUUUAGUAGGAGUGCAUUUGUGAGCGGUAGUGCUAUUGCUGCUGGGAUUGUGACAGGAGCGGAUGGGUGCUUGACGCUUGGGUUUUGUUGGCAGGAGGGGGUUGUGGAGAGGGGUGUGGUGGAGAUGGUGGUUGAGAAUGUGAGGGUUAUGAUUGAGAGUAUCUCGGAAGAAAUGAGAGGUGAAGAUGGGAUGAAAGUGGAAGAAGCGACGAGAUGA